UCGAUACAUCAAUCUCUCACAGGCCCGCUAUUCGGUGGACUGCUCUGGCCCGUCAAGUCAACUUGUGGAAUAACGAAUUUCGAAGGCGUUUCAACAGAUUAUCGCUCCGACUCAGCCUUGUUUGAUACAAGAACGAAGACAGUCAUGGCUCAACCACAACAAGAUGGCGUCAAAGAGAAAUGUCAGGCGGUCCGAGAAGUUAUGCCCGGAAAGAGCAACAAUGAGAUAAUAUUAGUUUUACAAUAUUACGAUUAUAAUGUAGAAACGGCCAUCCAAGCUUAUGUAGAAGAUGGUGCUAAAGAAGCACUCCGAGAGUGGCACUUCUCAGGGACAAAGUUGAACAAUAAAAAGAAGAAGAAAAACAAAGCAAAACCAAAAGAAGAAAGUCCGACGCCAGGACUAGGGGACCAAGCAUCUAGCAAGCCAUCCAGUGAAACCAUCCAGCCUAAACAGCCAUCCAUAACGCCUGCUCCAAAACCAGUGCAGGCACCAGUGGUUAGGCCACCUCCAAAAGAAGAACCGAGCAAGGAGAAGGCCAGCCCUCCAGUAAAGUCCAAGCCUCAGGAGUCACAACCUGAACCUCAUACACAUCAUGGCACUAACGCCCAUGGGCAUCCACACCAUGGGCAUGCACUCGCACACGCGGCAAAGAGAGAGCGCACUCUGAGCGAGCGGAGCACUUCAAGCAUAUCAAGCAGAUCUGUCAAACCUCAUGCUGGUCUUGAGAAAUCAUACAAAGAUCUUCAACGGCAGACGACGUCAUUACAACGACUGAAAUUAGUGGUGAACGAGGAAAUGGACAAGUCACAGAAGAGAAUUAGAUCGGUUGUAGAGGAGUUGCGCUUAGAAUUAAACAAGAGAGAAAUUGAACUUAUAGCAGAUAUGGAAAAGGCCAAACAGGCAGCUUUGGAGAUCUUGGAUAUGCGACAGGAGAAGGGACAUGACCUAAGGUUAAACAUGGAUAGGGCGCCCUCUAUGAAAGAUGAAGAAAUUAACGAGUUACGGAUUGAUGUAAAGCAUUUUGUGGCUGAUCGGAAAGUUGACGAGGAGCUUGGCCGUACCACAAGGUUUUUGUACGAUUCUGAUCACUUGGUCAGUGAAAUCAGUAAAUUCGGAGAAGUGUUACCCGUGAAGGCAUCCUACUCUCCGCGACGUCCGUCCAUAUCGAGUAUAGCUAGUAGUGAUAUUAGCCACAAUGAUCUUCCCAGCCCCAGUGCCUCCCUCACUGCGAAGUCAUUAGCUGCAAGUCAGAAUAGCACAACACUAUUGAGAGACAGUAAGACCAUGGAUGGACUGACCUCAUCAGAAGUGGCCGAGUUACAGAUGAGGCUGAAGGAUUCACUGAAACUUCAGGGUUUGCCAGUCAAGUCGCCACCCAAUCGCAGAGCUCCACCUGCUGCUAGAGAUCGCCCAACGUCUGGAAACCCGGGCACACAAGGCAGUCUGAGGAGGGGACCACCCACUGGAAGGCCCGAGAGGAGUCCAAGAAGAGCACCACCUUCUGGACGUCCUGAUCAACGUGGAGAUGGCCCGGCAGGUGACGACUCCAAGGCAAAGGAUCUUGACGACCAACGUAAGAACCGCAACGCCAGGAGGCGCCAGCGGUACCGUGAACGCCAGCGUGAAGCCAGGGAUAGUACCGGCAGCCAAGAUAAUCCACGGACUGAUAAACCAAAACCGGAUACCAAAGCUGGUGCGCAAUCCAGUAGUCGUGCUCCGAAAAGUCCGGAUAACCACACUCCUAAGAGAGUCGAGAGUCGCACUCCAAAGAGUCCGGAUAGGCCUAACCGUGGUCCAAAGAGUUCAGAUAGCCAUGCUCCAAAGAUAGCCAAUCGUACUCCAAAGAGUCUGGAGAACCAUGUGCAAAAGACGGAUAACCGUACACCUAUUGGGGGCGCAGAUAGCUCUGCUCCUAAGAGUCCGGAUACCCCCACUCCACAGAGUCCGGAUAGCGUGCCUGUGAAUCUGGAUCAACUUAAUAACACUGCUGAUGUGAAGCCACAAUCUAGUCCGAAACUUAGUGCCUCAAAAACUGAAACCGAGGCUCCAUUAACAAAGCCUGAAAAUUUAGCGCCAAAUGCGCUGGAAAUGUUGGCGUCUGCUCAUAAUAAAGAAGUGGUGCCGCCUAGUGAUGCGAAAGAGAACCACAAUAAGCUGGUUAAUGGUUCUGUAGUCGAAACCAAACCUAAAGAUGUGUCUGUUGUGUCGAACGGCGAUGCGUCGACGCCCCCUCUAGUUAAUGGAGAUAGUCAUACUGAGCAUGCGCCUGAUUCACCCAAGGAUAGUAACAUGAAUAAACUUUCUUGUAAGUUGGAUACUUUAGAAACUGGCCACAAGGAGGAGCCACUACCACAACGAAAACCUCGAGAACGAACCCGGAAUGAGAAAAUGAUGAACGGCAGCGAAAGCGUGAUGAAUGGUGGCGCCGAAGUGGAAAAUCAUGUAGAUAAUUGAAGAGUUUCCCCUCUAGAAAAUGGUUGAGCCCAUUCAGCCAUGCAUUUCCUACACAUGGACUUGUCCAUUGUUGACUCUUGGGAGUGUGUCCGUUUGUCUACCAGAUUCUGUUAAACCCCCAGGUUUAACAGAAGGGCCAGUGUAGAAAAAGUUGAGGUGAACUGGUCACCUUAUCAUUUGCUACUUGAGCGCCACAGUGAGAGGUUCUUUUAGUACAUAUGUCAUGUAUAAUAGUAGCCUAGAAGCUACCUGGAUGAGUCAUCUCUUAAACGCAGACAAGAGUGGGUGAUUAUAA